CUUGUCUCUUCUCCAUCCCUUUUGUACCUUCGAUGUAUAAUUACUUAAAAUUAAUUCAUACAUAAUUGUAUUUAUUGCUGGAUGUGCUGCUAUAAAUUGUGUAGAGGAGUAGGUGGAAGCAUGCCCACUAUAAGAGUCGUCAGGGAGGGAAUGCAAAGAAAGAAACAGCACUGCUGCAAAACAUCAGCUUCUUUUUCUCUUCUCUUCUUUCUUCUCUGUGUCGUGUGUGUGUGUUUCCAGUUUCCACCAUCAGUAAACUGCACCUUCUCAUCAUCAGCACCAUCAUCAUGGCCUCCUCCAACAGGCACUGGCCCAGCAUGUUCAAGUCCAAACCCUGCAGCAACCACCACCACCACCAGUGGCAGCAGCAUGACAGUGCCUCCCCUAAUUGCCACCCCAAGCCCGCCCCUUACUCCUCAGGGUUGGAGGAGAGGAGCCCGGAGCCGAAGCCGCGGUGGAACCCUAGGCCGGAGCAGAUCCGGAUCCUGGAGGCGAUCUUCAACUCCGGGCUGGUGAACCCGCCGCGGGAGGAGAUCCGCAAGAUCCGAGCCCGGUUGCAGGAGUACGGCCAGGUCGGCGACGCCAACGUCUUCUACUGGUUCCAGAACCGCAAGUCCCGCAGCAAGAGCAAGCUCCGCGGCAGCGCCGCCGCCGGCCGCAGUAACCCCCAGCCUGCUCUUCCCUCCACUACCAACGCCCCCUCCUCCACCACCGUCGCAGCGAUAACGACCUCCUCCUCCUCCUCCUCCUCCUCGCCGGAGAAAUCCAGCCCGGGGUACGGAAAAGCCUUACAAGUCAUGCAAUUAGCUCCGCCGCCGCCGCCGCCGCCGCCACCUCCUCCUCCACUUCCGACCACGGCCGCUUCAUUGAUGAAUACCCAAACUUAUCUGCCACUCGACCUCAGCGGCAUAGGAGAUCACUUCCUCAACCUUCAGUACUUCACCGGCUUCCACGCCGCCACCGCCGACAUCAGCUCCACCGCCCUGUGGGGUGAGCUCUUAGGGCAAACCCCAAUCAAGAGUACUGCUGUUCAAUUGCACCAACUCUAUGGAACUGGACCUUCUUUUACCACUGCUGCUGCCGCCGCCGCCACCACCACCACCACGGCCACAACCACAACCCCUAUCACUGAGAUACAAGGACUAAUAGGAGGAGGAAGAUCGACUGUGUUCAUCAAUGAGGUUGCAUUUGAGAUAGUGCCCGGGUCGCGGCUGAAUGUGAAGGAGGCCUUCGGCGGUGAGGCUUUGCUUCUCGAUCACUCCGGCCGCCCGGUGGUCACCAAUGAGUUGGGCAUCACCGUUCAUCCUCUUCAACACGGAGCUUCUUACUAUUUGGUUAAAUUAUACUUUACGAAUUGAUUAAUUCUUCAUUGAUGCAAAUUAUUUCAAUUAAUUAAUUGGAGUUAAUGUUCUUGUAUUUCUAUGCAGGCUUGACUUAGGAGACGAGAGAAUGAACCUAGUUGAUUUAUCCAAAUGCAACGUGAUAUAUAUAUUUAGUCUUAUGAGCACGAAGCAUAUAUAGUUU